AACUAAAAACCUUUUUUCUUUGUUCAAAGAAAGAAAAAUAGAGAAAAUAUAAAAAGUAGAAAUCUUGAACGAUAAAUUGGAACCGCGGAAUAACAGAAUAGUUUCGUGAACGAAACCCCCGAAAUUCAACCCACUUUUCUUAAUUGAUUCGAAUUACAAACACUGAUUUUGGACCAGAUUUUUCAGUAGUUUUGUAAUUAAGAGUUCGACCGAUCGUUGAUUUAUCAAUUUUUGCCCAAAUUUAGUUAGGAAGGUGACGAUGAGCGCCGUAUUUGAAGGUUACGAAAAACAAUACUGCGAGCUCUCUGCGAAUUUGUCGAAGAAGUGUGCGUCGGCCAACCUACUCGAUGGAGAGCAAAAGAAGCAAAAGAUUUCUGAAAUUAAAGUUGGAUUGGAUGAGGCAGAAGCACUGAUUAGGAAGAUGGAUCUGGAGGCUCGUGCCUUGCAGCCAAAUAUUAAGGUAGUGCUUCUUGCUAAGUUGAGAGAGUAUAAGUCUGAUCUGAACAAUUUGAAAAGUGAAGUGAAACGAAUUGCAUCAACGAACUUGAACCAAGCUGCCCGAGAUGAGCUGCUGGAGGCAGGAUUGGCAGAUACACUGGCAGUAUCUGCAAAUCAAAGGGAUAGAUUAUUAACGGCAACUGAACGGCUGGAUAAUUCGAGUAACAGGAUCAGGGAUAGUAGGAAGGUCAUGCUGGAAACAGAAGAGCUUGGCGUUUCACUUCUUCAAGAUUUGCAUCAGCAGCGGCAGUCUCUCUCGCAUGCUGAUAACACAUUGAAUGGUGUCGACAACAACAUAGGCAGAAGCAAGAAAAUCUUAACCAACAUGUCGAGAAGGAUGAACCGGAACAAGUGGAUGAUUGGUGGUGUAAUCACGGUACUGGUUAUCGCGAUCGCUCUCAUCCUAUACUUUAAAUUGGCCAAGUAAACAAGACUUGUGUUGUGUGUAAAUUGUGCUUGUUUUUAUUCUUCUUGUUCGAUUGUUCCGAGUGAAACUGCCAACUGCCUUGUUUUUGUUUGUUUGUUUGUUUGUUUUUAAAAUAGCUGUAAAUUUGAAGUUCCUUGUUCUGCAAUCAAAUGAGAAGCACUGCAAAUGUGUGCGCAGCUUGCGUUGGGCGUAUGUAAUGUGAAAGAAAUUAAUAAAUAUUUUCUUUGUCACCA